UCAAGAUGCCGAAGGUUGAGGAAACUGUGCUUCAGAAUGAUCCCAGUGAAGCAGAGAGCGAGGUCUGUAGCCCUAAAACACCAGAGCAGAGCCAGGAAAGCAAGAGCUUCUGUUUAGAUAACCACUCUCCUGAGCUGAUAGAGACAGUUAACAAAAUUUCCAAGCUGAGCAUUGCACAUGAAAUCAUGGUAAACCAAGAUUUCUAUAUGGAAGAGAGUGUUUUAUCUACAAACAGUGUGGAAGGCAAGUUCAUGGAGACAAUGUACAAUGCUUUUUGGGACCAUCUGAAAGAACAGUUCUCAAGUACUCCUCCUGAUUUCACCUGUGCUCUUGAACUUCUAAAAGAAGUUAAAGAGAUCUUGCUAUCACUGCUGUUACCACGCCAGAAACACCUAAGAAAUGAGAUUGAAGAAGCUUUGGACAUAGAUCUCCUCAAGCAGGAAGCAGAACAUGAGACCCUGGAUGUCCCUCAGCUUUCUAACUACAUUCUCAAUUUGAUGGCCCUACUGUGUGCACCAGUUCGAGAUGAAGCCGUGCAAGAACUAGAGACCAUAACAGAUCCAGUGCAAUUACUGAGGGGCAUCUUCCAUGUUCUAGGCCUAAUGAAAAUGGACAUGGUGAACUAUACCAUCCAGAACCUUCGACCCUACCUGCAGGAACAUUCCGUCCAGUAUGAACGAGCUAAAUUCCAGGAACUCCUUGACAAACAGCCCAAUCUCCUUGAUUAUACCACAAAAUGGCUAACCAAAGCAGUCACAGACCUCACUACACCAUGUCUAAGUUCUCCUGAUCUACCCAGCUCAUCCUCCAGCAUGGCUUGUUCAUCUUCAAAUUGGUCAGCUGACAACUCAGAGCCUCCCAGUCUCUCAAUGGUGCUAUAUCAGGGCUACCUGAACCUCCUUCUCUGGGAUCAUAAAAAUGAAGAAUUUCCUGAGACUUUGCUGAUGGACAGAAUCCGGCUCCAGGAAAUGGGGUCCCAGUUGCACCAGUUAACUGUCCUGGCCUCAGUCUUGCUAGUAGCCAGAAGUUUUUCUGGUAAAGUUUUAUUCAGUUCACCUGAAUUUGUGGAUAAACUGAAAUACAUAAUCAAGACCCUGACCGAAGAAUUUAAGUCCAGGCCUGAAGAGGCUAUGAUGAGUGUGAGUGAACAGGUGUCUGAGGAAGUUGAUCAAGGCCUCAAGGACAUGGGUCUCACUGCUCUGAGCAGCGAAAACACAGCAUCUCUUAUGGGACAACUCCAGAACAUCGCCAAAAAGGAGAACUGCAUUCGUAGCAUCAUUG